AUGGCGUUCUUGGCUCGUCUGAAUAUUGAGGUAUUGAAGCGCGGUACAUACCUCAAACCCAAUGGAAAUUGGUCGAUACAAGCAUUGUUUCCCAUCCAGACGUAUAUCCUUCCACGUCGUCUAGUCCCAGAUAGAUCCCCAAUGAAAUGGUAUAUACCCGCUAUUGCGACGACAUUGACAGCGAACGCACGCAUAUACGACCAUCGAAUGCUUGUCAACAUCUUGAUUAAGCAUUCUUUCACAUGGAAAGGAUCUCGGCGUUUAUAUGCUUGUCUCUCUCACAUGGAUAGGAUCUCGGUGACUCAAUCUUCGCUUCCGACUACAAAACCCUUCCCUCAACUUCAACCAACUGAACAACUCCAACAGCACCAGCGCAUCAUGGCAGCAACUACACAGCCUAUAUCGGCCGCGACUCGAGUCUUCACAACACCCGAACUCCUCGAAGCCAUCCUCCUCGAAGUCCAAGCAAUAGAAUGCCCCCGAUCGUGGGAAUCUCUCAAAGACUGGUUCACCCCGACGUGGCAAGCAAGAGAUGUCCUUCUGUCUCAGCGAGUCAGCAGAGCCUUCCGAUCCUGCAUUUCGGGCUCACCGGAGAUCCAGCGCCGUCUCGGUUUCAGACCGGAAAGAAUUCAAGAUGAUAAGCGCGGAGAAACGAAGCAGAACGGCCGAGUUUGGGCAUUUGAUCGAUUCGUAUGGCAGUUUGAAGGGAAUGCAAGAGUACAUCUCUGCAAGAAGAGUUUCUCCGACGAAGUUCCAUACCCAAUGAUCUGGUUCGAGAGGCCACGCUACCCACACGUCCUCGAAGGUGCACCAAAAGACAGCCCGGCUUCGUUUCUCAAGAUGUACCCUCAGCGCCCGGCACGAGAAUGCAUUGUUGUUCGAAUUUCGAAGUGGGACAUGUGGAUGAUUAGGCGAGCGGGGAUUGAGUUGUUCUGUUGGAGUGCCCAAGUCACUGUCAAGUUGCAGCCACUCGGAGGGUUAUUCGAUCUGGCAGCGAGCUUACAGAAAGCCGCUGAUGGGAUUGAGCGGGUUGAGGAGGCAGGAAAUUGGUGGCAGCGGAAUGAGGAGGUUGCUAGAGACUUUGGCAUGCCGGAGCCGAGCGAGGUGUUCGAUUGGAGGGAAUUCUUCACGACGGCGCAGAUGGAUCGAGCUGCGAGGCGAAGGGCCGUGCGUGAUCUGGAGGGCGAGAGAUGUCGGUGGUCGAUGGUACCCAGGAUAUCAGAACUCGGGAAAUCUUCAAGCCGGUCGCAGUCUCGAAUAGAUACUCAGCCUUCGGGGAGGGAUGCCAGAAGAGGCCUGCUGUGGUGA